UUUCUUUUGAUGUGUAUGGUAUCUGCGCUGCGACUGCGUGUAAUGUAGAGUUCAUCGGCUUGCCGCAGUCGCCUCAGAAACGCCACAAAAGGUUCCCACCAUAUCUGAGGUGAGCCCGGGAGGCGGCGGCUGCCGGAAGCCAGCCAAGAUGGCUUCCAAGCGGCCAGCCCCGCAGGAAUCUCCCGGCGGUGCCUCCUCGGGCCCUCCGCCAAAGAAGGUUCACUUUGAACCCUUCCGGAUCGGACAGGUCUCUACACUGGAGGAGAUGGACAUGAAGACGCUGCAGUUCCAAAAUCGCAAGCUGGCACAGCGUCUCGAGCAGCGUGUGCGGCAAGAGAACGAGCUGCGGGCACGCGUGGAGCAGCUGGAGAAACGGCAAACAUCCGACGAAGGGGUCCUCACAGUUGUUAACAGGUACUGGAACCAGCUGAAUGAGGACCUGCGGAUCCUGCUGCAGCGCUUCGACUCAGAGGCGUGGGACGAGUCAGAGCAGCGUAAUGAGGCUGAAGCAACCACGUCGUUCUUGGGCAUGCUGCUGCACUGGGACCGCGAGGAACUCGACGAGAAACUCGCCCAACGAGUGCAGGUGUCGACACGUGCCGUUGCCAAGCUGCUGCAGGCCUUCGACCGCCUGGUACAGAGAAACCACAAGGUCAUGCUGGCCCUCCAAGGGGAAGAAACCCCCGGUGCAGAUGGGGAGCCAGUGAUGGACACUGGUCCGGUGCCAGACCUGAAUGAGGCAGUACGGCAAGCCAACAUAGAGCUGCAGACAGAGAACAAAAAUCUCCACGCGCUGGUCACCUCGUUGCACGAGAAGAACCACAAGCUCACCCUCAAGUUGUCGGAGCACCAGGACCAGGUGGACUCGCUGCAGACCAAGAAUGACGAACUGCGCAACCGAGGGGAAGAGCUCGAGUACGAGCUGAGCAAGGUGCGCGCGCGUGAGGAGAAGCUUGACUGUAACCUGGCCGACUGCCUGCAGCGCAUCAAGAGCUUCCAGGUGGACGGCGUCGACGCUUUGCCCUUGGUUGCCUCUGGCGGGGGCUCUGGCGGUGGUGGCGGAGCAGCCUCCCUGCGCUUGGAGGACCUGCAGAGCCAGCUCGAGGAACAGCGGGAGCUGGCAUCGGCACGGCUGCUGGAGCUGGAGCAGCUUCAACAUGACCACAAGGAGGCCCUGAAGACGGUAGAGCGGCUGCGGCUAGAGCUGCGGUCGCUGCCCGAGAGCCUGGUGGUGAGCACGGCCGAGUACAAGUGCCUGCAGAGCCAGUUCUCCGUGCUGUACAACGAGAGCAUGCAACUGAAGACCCAGCUGGACGAGUGUCGCUCCUUGCUGUCGACAGCCAAAAACUCACACCUUCGCCACAUUGAGCAGAUGGAAAGCGAGGAGCUGGUUGUCCAGAAGAAGCUUCGCUCGGAGGUCAUCCGCCUCGAGGACAACAUCGCGCAGAUUCGUCGAGAGUACGAGAAUCUACGCAUUGAGUUUGAGUCGUCGUCGGUGUCCAGCGAGCAGGCUCAGCCGAUCAACCGGGAGAUGCGGCACAUUAUAACGAGCCUGCAGAGCCACAACAGGCAGCUCAAGAGUGAGGUCUCCCGCAGCAAGCGCAAGCUGCGCGAGGCCCAAUCAGAAACGCAGAAGCUGAGGCAGAUGCUGGAGAUGUCUAAUGUGGCUGUGAACUCCGCCACCGUUCCCCCGCCACCGUCAGCAUCAAGCGACAGUGGCUCCACACGUAGCGAUGAUGCGCCCGCGACGCCGCUGUCGUCGGGCUCUAGCACGAGCACGGUGGGGCUGGGAGGCAGUGCUGGCGGCUCCGGGGCCGGCGGUGGCCGCAGCGGGGAAGAGACGGCCAUGUCGCGCCACGAGGAAGACUGCAGGGCCGAAGAAGAGCCGAUCCCCGAGCGGGAGAAAGGCAAGAGCGACGCAGACAUCAUACGCGACCUCAAGGCGCAGCUCAAGAAGUCGCAAGAGGCCCAAAGGGAACUGAAACUUCUACUAGACAUGUACAAGGGGGCGCCGAAGGAGCAGAGGGACAAGGUGCAGCUCAUGGCGGCUGAGAAGAAAGCGCGCGCCGAGGCAGAGGAGCACCGGCAGCAGCUCAAGAAGCUGGUGGAGCACGAGCGUAAGGAGCGCCGCAAGCUGGCCGACGAGGAUGCCAUGAAGAAGAUCCGGGCUCUCGAGGAGACGGUGAACAACCUGCACAAGGGCCUCGCCGCGCAAAAGCAGGAGCACACGCAGGAGGAGGCCCUGCUGAGCGAGAUGGAGGUCACGGGCCAAGCGUUCGAGGACAUGCAGGAGCAGAACCUGCGGCUGUUGCAGCAGCUGCGCGAGAAGGACGAUGCGAACUUCAAGCUCAUGUCAGAGCGCAUCAAGUCCACCCAGGUGCACAAGCUGCUGCAAGAUGAGAAGGUGGCGCUCAUGGAGCAGGCUGCGCGCCUCCAGAGCCAGGUGGAAGCCCAGAACCAGGUGGUGCGCAAACUCGAGGAGAAAGAGCGUCUGCUGCAAAACAGCCUCUCAACCGUCGAAAAAGAGCUGAGCUUGAGGCAACAGGCCGCAGAGGUGCACCGUCGCAAAGCUGUCGAGUCAGCCCAGUCGGCAGCCGACCUCAAGCUGCAUUUGGAGAAGUACCUGGCACAGCUCAGGGACGCCCAGAGCAUAGUGACGGACCGUACAGCAGUGCUGUCGCAAGAGACGUUCAAGACCAAGAGGCUCCAGGAGGAGAUCCUAUCACUACGCCGAAAGGUUGAGCGUGCGAAGAAGUUUGAGCUGGCCACCAACACUGAUGAGGUUCUCAUGGAGGAGGUCAAGGAGUAUAAAGAGCAACUCACCUGUCCCUCCUGCAAGGUUAAACGCAAGGACGCGGUGCUCAUCAAGUGCUUCCACGUCUUCUGCUACGAUUGCCUCAAGACGCGCUACGAGACCCGCCAGCGCAAGUGCCCCAAGUGCAACGCUCCCUUCGGCACAAAUGACUAUCACCGGUUGUACCUCACCUGAGACUGUGCACCCCCCUCCUUCUCCUUCCUCCUCCUCGUCUGACGUUAUUCUCUUCCUCGGGGUUGUCCUCUCAUCGCCACCACCACCACCUCAUCCCUCGCCACUGUCACAGACACAUUGGUUGUUCUUAAUUUUAACUCUUUGGUCUGACUUGUUUCUCAUUGUGUACAAUAAAAGAGCGUAUUGUUUCGUGCA